GAGAGAGAGAGAGAGAGAGAGAGAGAGAACUCAUCAAUCCUUCUUCCACCAAAUAAGAGAGAGAGAGAGAGAGAGAUGGAUGUAGAUGAUGGUGAUUAUGAAAGGAAAAAAGAGAGAGCCUUAGAGGUAACACCAACAUGGGCAGUAGCAGUUGUGGUGUUUGUGAUACUUGCCAUUUCAAUUGUUCUUGAAUACAUCCUUCAUCUAAUUGGCCAUUGGUUACAUAAUAAACAAAAGAAAGCACUCGGUGAAGCCCUUGAAAAGAUCAAAGCAGAAUUGAUGAUUCUAGGGUUCAUAUCGCUGCUGCUAACAGUGGGUCAACAACCAAUCUCUGAUAUAUGUAUUCCAAGUAAAGUUGGACGAACAUGGCACCCUUGUAACAAGAAAACGGCAGACGAUUAUUACUAUGAUCCAUGUCUUAAAAAGGGAAAGGUGCAAAUGGUGUCAUUUUAUGGGAUACAUCAACUCCACAUAUUCAUCUUUGUGUUGGCUGUGGUUCAUGUCUUGUAUUGCCUUCUUACCUUGAUUUUGGGUAAACUCAAGAUGAGGAAGUGGAGGGCAUGGGAAGAUGAAACCAAGACGCUCGAAUAUCAGUAUCAUCACGAUCCAGAGAGAUUUAGGUUUGCACGGGAGACGACUUUUGGGCGUCGACAUUUGAGAUUUUGGAGCAACUCCACGGUUCUUCUAUGGAUCGGCUGUUUUUUCAGGCAAUUCUUUAGAUCGGUUCCGAAAGUUGAUUAUCUUACCCUCCGACAUGGCUUCAUCAAUACGCAUUUACCUCAUGAUAGCCAACAACAGUUUGAUUUCCACAAAUACAUUAGUAGGUCACUUGAAGAAGAUUUCAAAGUCGUAGUUGGAAUAAGUCCAGUAGUAUGGUUUUUUGCGGUUCUACUCCUUCUCACCAACACCCAUAGCUGGAAAGCAUACCUUUGGCUUCCCUUCAUCCCACUGAUUAUAAUACUUAUAAUUGGAACAAAACUACAAGUGAUAAUAACACAAAUGGGGAGAAGGACUCAUGAAAUGGCAGAUGUGGUGAAGGGUACACCAAUGGUUCAGCCAGGAGACGAUCUCUUCUGGUUUGGUCGACCCAAACUCGUACUCCUAUUGAUCAACUUUGUUCUCUUUCAGAAUGCGUUUCAACUAGCGUAUUUCUUAUGGAGUUGGAAUAAGUUCGGCCUCGACAGUUGCUUCCAUGAACGCCCUGAAGACACUGUAAUCAGACUAACAAUGGCGGUGGUGAUAGAGGUUUUAUGCAGUUAUGUGACGCUUCCUUUAUACGCCUUAGUAACACAGAUGGGUUCAAGAAUAAAACCCACCAUUUUCAGUGAGGAUGUAGCAAAAGCUCUGAAAACAUGGCACCAUACAGCGAAAAAGAACAUCAAGCAUGGCCAUUCAGCUUCAAACUCACCAUUCUCAAGUAGACCUGGAACUCCACUCCAUGGAAGUACAUCUCCAAUGCAUCUUUUGCAUAGGUACCCUGAAAACAGUUUUUAUAGCCCUUCAAAUUCUCCAAGAGCAGGCUCACACUUUGAGCAUGAAGGUUGGGCCAAUGAGUCUUCUCACAGAAACGAACAGAAAUAUGAAGAUGCUGACAACUUUAGAAGAGAUGAAAUGCAUGAUAUAGAAGAAGGCGAGAUUGAAGAACAAAGCACAAGUAGUUCGACUCAGUUGCCAUCAGGACCAAGACCUGAUAGGCAUCAACAUGAGGCUGAUAUUUCCGAGUUUACGUUUAAAUAAGUAAUUAAGAAUUGUAUAAAAAUGAAUACUUGAGUCAUAAAUAUAAUUUAAACAUCUUGAUGUAUUCCAACACCUUAUACUUGUAUAUCAUUUCAAUCUCCAAUUCAUAAAAUCUAAGAACUCAUUGGGCUAGCCAACUUUCGUCCAUGCAUCAUAAACAUCUCUCCCAAAGGUUGUUAAUUUUUAUAUGAUCAUGGAGC